CGCUUGGCCUUCCCCGGGCCCCCGAUCUCCCCGAGCCCUUGCCGGUUGGGGUGGAGAAACUUUGCCCGGGAUUGUCAGGGGGACCCCUCUCCCCCGAGGGGAGCCAGGGCGGGCGACGAUGUCCUUCUUCAAUUUCCGCAAGAUCUUCAAGUUGGGGAGCGAGAGGAAGAAGAAGCAGUACGAGCACGUCAAGCGGGACCUGAACCCCGAAGAGUUUUGGGAAAUUAUAGGCGAACUGGGCGACGGAGCCUUCGGGAAAGUGUACAAGGCCCAGAAUAAAGAGACCAAUGUUUUAGCUGCAGCAAAGGUGAUUGAUACCAAAUCUGAAGAAGAACUUGAAGAUUACAUGGUUGAGAUCGACAUAUUAGCAUCUUGUGAUCAUCCAAAUAUAGUCAAACUUCUAGAUGCUUUCUAUUAUGAGAACAAUCUUUGGAUCCUCAUUGAAUUUUGUGCAGGUGGAGCAGUGGAUGCUGUGAUGUUAGAGCUGGAGAGACCAUUGACUGAGUCCCAAAUACAAGUAGUUUGUAAACAGACGUUAGAGGCACUGAACUACUUACAUGAUAACAAAAUUAUCCACAGAGAUCUAAAGGCUGGCAACAUUCUUUUUACUUUAGAUGGAGAUAUUAAGUUGGCGGAUUUUGGAGUGUCGGCUAAAAACACAAGGACAAUCCAAAGAAGAGAUUCUUUUAUUGGCACACCAUAUUGGAUGGCUCCUGAAGUAGUCAUGUGUGAAACAUCCAAGGACAGACCUUACGACUACAAAGCUGAUGUUUGGUCCUUGGGCAUCACUUUAAUAGAAAUGGCUGAGAUAGAACCACCUCAUCAUGAAUUGAAUCCAAUGAGAGUGCUGCUAAAAAUUGCCAAAUCUGAACCUCCUACAUUAGCACAACCAUCAAAAUGGUCUUCAAAUUUUAAGGAUUUUCUUAAAAAAUGCUUGGAAAAGAAUGUGGAUUCUAGGUGGAAUACAUCUCAACUACUUCAGCAUCCCUUUGUUACUGUUGAUUCCAACAAACCAAUCCGAGAAUUGAUUGCAGAGGCAAAGGCUGAAGUGACCGAAGAAGUUGAAGAUGGCAAAGAGGAAGAUGAUGAUGAAGAAACAGAAAAUUCUCUGCCAAUACCUGCAAGUAAGCGUGCCUCCUCUGACCUUAGUAUUGCCAGCUCUGAAGAAGAUAAACUUUCACAGAAUGCUUGUAUUUUGGAAUCUGUCUCUGAAAAAACAGAACACAAUACUUCUGAAGAUAAAUUUAACAAAAAAGUUCUCAAUGAGAAACCCAUCACUGAUGAACCUGAAAAGGCUGUGGAAGGUAUUAAUGAACACAUUAAUGAUGCUCAUUUAGAAGCUACUGAACUCCAUAAAAGACCAAUUGUUACCAAGGAGAAUGGGAGAGAGGAGAAAAGACCCAAGCUUGAAAAUCUUUCUGACAUAGGAGACCAAGAAGCAGUUGACAUUAAUUCAGUAAAUGAAGGAAAAGAAAAUAACAUAGUAAUUUCAGAAACAAAUAUUGAACAGAAUCAGAAACCUGAGAAAGAAAGAGAUCAGGAAAAGCAACAGAUAUUUGAAAAUAAGGUUUUAAAAUCCAAGGAAAUGAAAGAUACUACUCUUUUGUCAGUAGAUUUAGUUUCUCAAGAGACUGGAGAAAAAGAGGCAGAUAUUCAGGCAAUUGGCAAUGCAGUUGAGCUUCCAAAUGAAGACCCAGAAGAGAAAAUUGGAACAGAUGAAAAAACUCCAAGAACUGUGAUCAGCAAUACAAGUACCGUGAUAGAAACAAAUGAUGUUUCGAAGAAGGCAGUUGAAAGCAGUACUGUGAACACUGAGAUUAGUGCUGGGAAAGAAAUGACUGAAGUAGGUCAGAAAUUAGUAAGUAAAUCCACAGAUGUUCCUGAAGCUGGCACUGAGGAAGUUUCUACUAAAGAACUAGUUGACAUUACGGUGAUAGAUCAAAAAUCUGAAGAAGGUAAAAGCGAGGAACAGUUAAUCAACCAUUCAAAGAAAAUGAUGGAAACCAUUGAAGAAACAGGAACAAAUGAAGUUAAGGAAACAACUCAAUCAGGUAGAACUGAAGAAGUAGAAGUCAGAAAUCAGAUUGAUACGAACCGCCAGGCUCUAGGAAAUAGAACUCAGGAUGUCUGUAAAGCCACUGCUACAGGAGAGAUAGAGCCAGAUGUUCCAGGUGAAAUGCCAGUUAAAACAGAACCUCAAGUUGCUGCCAUUUCACAGCCAAGUGAACCUCAGCCUGUUCCAGUACCUAGUAUUAAUAUCAACUCUGAAGAUGCAGAACAUAAGGGAGAAAGAGGUGCUUUAUCAAAAACGGAAACCAUGUUGCUCCCUGAAUCUGAGAACCAUAAGGAAAAUGAUACUGAUUCCGGCACUGGCUCCACUGCUGAUAAUAGCAGCAUUGAUUUGAAUUUAUCCAUCUCUAGCUUCUUGAGCAAAACUAAAGACAGUGGAUCGAUAUCUUUGCAAGAAACAAGAAGACAAAGAAAAACAUUGAAGAAAACACGCAAAUUCGUGUUUGAUGGUGUGGAAGUGAGUGUAACGACAUCAAAGAUAGUUACCGACAGUGAUUCUAAAACUGAAGAGUUGAGAUUUCUUAGACGUCAGGAACUGCGGGAAUUAAGAUUUCUUCAAAAAGAAGAGCAAAGAGCCCAACAACAACUCAAUAGCAAACUGCAACAACAACGAGAACAAAUUUUCCGGCGCUUUGAACAAGAAAUGAUGAGCAAAAAAAGGCAAUAUGACCAAGAAAUUGAGAAUCUAGAAAAACAGCAGAAGCAGACUAUUGAGCGUCUGGAACAAGAACAUACAAAUCGCUUGCGAGAUGAAGCCAAGCGCAUUAAAGGAGAGCAAGAGAAAGAAUUAUCCAAAUUUCAGAGUAUGUUAAAGAACAGAAAAAAGGAGGUUAUAAAUGAAGUGGAGAAAGCACCCAAAGAGCUGAGAAAAGAGCUCAUGAAACGCAGGAAAGAGGAGCUUGCACAAAGCCAGCAUGCUCAGGAACAAGAAUUUGUUCAGAAGCAACAACAAGAAUUAGAUGGUUCUCUGAAAAAGAUUAUCCAACAGCAAAAGGCUGAAUUAGCCAAUAUUGAAAGAGAGUGCCUGAAUAACAAACAGCAGCUCAUGAGAGCCCGAGAAGCUGCAAUUUGGGAACUUGAAGAGCGACACUUACAAGAAAAACAUCAGCUGCUCAAACAACAGCUUAAAGAUCAGUAUUUCAUGCAAAGGCAUCAGCUACUUAAGCGCCAUGAGAAGGAAACAGAACAAAUGCAACGUUAUAAUCAGCGACUUAUUGAAGAAAUGAAAAACAGACAGACUCAAGAACGAGCAAGAUUACCUAAGAUUCAGCGCAGUGAAGCCAAGACACGAAUGGCCAUGUUUAAGAAGAGUUUAAGAAUUAACUCCACGGCCUCACCAGAUCAGGAUCGGGAAAAAAUUAAACAGUUUGCUGCUCAAGAAGAAAAGAGGCAGAAAAAUGAGAGAAUGGCUCAGCAUCAAAAACAUGAAAAUCAAAUGCGGGAUCUUCAGUUGCAGUGUGAAGCCAAUGUCCGAGAGCUGCAUCAGCUCCAGAAUGAAAAAUGCCAUCUAUUGGUUGAGCAUGAGACUCAGAAACUGAAGGAAUUAGAUGAGGAACACAGCCAAGAAUUAAAGGAAUGGAGAGAGAAAUUGAGACCUAGGAAGAAGACACUGGAAGAAGAGUUUGCCAGGAAACUGCAGGAACAGGAAGUGUUCUUUAAGAUGACCGGGGAGUCUGAAUGCCUUAAUCCAUCUACCCAGAGUCGGAUUUCCAAAUUUUAUCCUAUCCCUAGCUUGCAUUCUACUGGAUCAUAACAAUGGGAAAGAUUCUGCAGUUGGGUUUGGUUGAAAAGAUGUCAUUCUUUCCUUCUCAUCUUCUACCAUGGCCCUUGUCUGAGUGCUCCUGAAGACAAUCACCUGCCUCACCUUCUGGGUAGUUUUUGUUUGUCUCAUUUGCUUAGUAAAAAUGAAGAGAAAGGAACUAAGACAGAUGCUGGUCAUGUUGGCAGAGAUGCAUCUUUAGCAAUUCCCCAAGGAGAUUUUUGUAUAUUAAUCGAAAAAGUUGUUUUCUUUAGAGACUGUUACCUGAAAAACUUUAGAGGUGCAACGUUUAAAGUUAUUUAAAGAGAACUGUUAACAUUACUAAGUAUCUUUUGACCUGACCUAACUUCAGUGAUGCCUCAGUUCUGUAGUGAACUGCUGUAGUGAACUGCUGUAGACCGUUGGACUAAUUUUCUUGGUAAAUCAGCUCUCAUAAAAAAAAUCUGAGUUGGUCAAAAUAUAAAAAUUACUUAAUAGAUUGCUAUAUUUUAUCUUUGGCAACAUACUUUUAAAAGAAAGAAAA